CAAGUUUGGCCCUUUUCCUCGGGGCGAAACCCGGGUGCCCCCGGCCCAAACUGAGAGCGAACAUUCCCGUUUAGACUAUGUAUGGUUACAAUGCUCAGCAGGCCUACGGCAGCCUUCCUGGCCCAUUGAAGAAGAACGAACCGAAGGUUACACUCCCCUUCCAGGCUGUCUUUUUGAGCUGGCUCAUCCCGACCGCAGUCUUUGCCGUGGUGUCAGGAGCAGCGUCAUCAAGCUUAGUGACCUACUACCCUUUCCUGAUCUACGGCAUCUUGGCUGUGGUGACAGCUGGCUCCUUGCUGACACUGCACAUUGUCCUGAUUGUGCUGAGAAGGUACUUCUCUGGAAAGUCGAAGGUCUUCCCAUUCUGGUAUGCUUUUCUAGGGGUUGCACUGACCAGCGCAGUGGUCGCUUCACUUUUGUUUGCUCACAUGAACUACAUGAAGAAUGAGAUAGCGUCGGACACCUUAAAAAGGCUUGCCACGGCAACCAAUGUAGAUCCAGCAGUGGACUCAACCUCCAGAUACUUAGACGUUGGGAGAGUGGUCUUCGCACCUGGGACGGGCUUAGAUGUCGCAAAGUCCAUAGGUUUCAAGAACAAGGAUGUGUACUGCGUGGCCCCAAUUGUGAACCCGAAUGCCUCCAAGGCUCCUGCCAGUUAUGACUACUGGGCAGUUGGAUUGAACUGUUGUGAUGCGGAUGGCUUCAGAUGCGGCGAGUACCUGAAGCCAAAUGCGCGUAGUGGUGUGCGGCUGAUGAACGAGGAGCAGCGAGAGUUUUACAUGCUAGCAGUGCAUGAGGCUGAGGCAACCUUCGGUAUCAAGUCUUCAAUGCCACUCUUCUUCGUUUGGGUUGAGGAUGCUGCAGCGUUGCAGAGAUCCUGGGAGGUCAAGACCUUUCAAUAUUGGGCUUUGGCUACUCUCACCUUCGCAGCCUUCCUCUUUGCUGCUACUGUGGCGGGGGUCGCGUUCUUUGAGGCGUUCUUGGCAACCUGGUAGAGGAUGUGUGAAUGCAUGCGGAGUAUCAUGCCGUUUCAGCAUGGAUGUACGAUGCACCCGAAACGUGGCAGCAUUGUCCUGUGCAGUCACCGUAAACACUACGGGCCAGUGUCCUGAACCUGCUAUUUCGUGUAAAAAAAAUAUGUUUGAAUGCGUGUUUUGCAGUGGUUUUUGCGAGGACUCAGAUGCAUCACCAUGACAUUGUU